AUGGCCCACGGUAGCAUGGGCACAAACGAACACUCACAUGGCGGCUCACCACUAGCGCCCUGCAUCGCAACCAACAGCGACUUUCUACGCACUCUCGCAUGCUGCCUCAGCACUCGCUGCGCAGAUGUCUCACCCUCGAAACUUGAAUCAUACUGGUCUGGCCAAGCUACUGGGGACAAGACUGUGUCUGCUGAAUGGACCUAUGGUGCUGCGCUUGCGAAUUAUGACUUCAAUGUCUUCUUUGACUGGGAGGAGGCUGUUCAAUCCACCUACGUGAUUAUUUUGAUCUCAAUUGGUGUAGCAACACCAGUCUUCUUCUCAGCUCUUGGCUACCUUCCCUUCAUGAACCGAGCCAUACAUAAGACCAGGCCAUAUCUCAUCUACCCAUCAACCUUUCGAGGCUACAACAUACGCCCUCUUCCGUACCUUCUUGGUAACGCGCCAACGAUCGCCGAGCUACUAGCAUACGUCGGCUAUCGAACACGCCAUAUCUCGUUUGCCCUGCUACCACUCACCGUGCUGUUCUCUUCGCGCAACAAUAUCCUUUUAUGGAUCACCGAUUGGCCGUUCUCGACCUUUUUGGUCCUCCACCGCUGGGUAGCUCGCCUUUGCGCCCUUCAUGCGAUCGUCCACUCCAUCACAGUCCUCGCCGCUUACAUCAGGCUCGGGACGUACUACACGGACGUACACAAGCCUUAUUGGAUCUGGGGUAUUAUUGGAACACUAUGUCUGGUACUCCUUCUGGUCCAGAGCGUUCUUUGGUUUCGCCGUGCUUCAUAUGAAGCAUUCCUCAUCCUACAUAUUGUCCUCGCCGUUUUUGUUAUCUUUGGCUGUUGGUACCAUAUCUACUUCUGGAAGCCAUUCUCUGGAGUUUACGAAUUAUGGAUAUACAUGGUAUGCGCCGUAUGGUUCUUUGAUCGGCUCUUUCGCGUCCUACGCGUUGCGAAGAACGGCGUCCGCCGAGCCAGUGUCCUCGAGCUGUCUGAUGAAAUCGUCCGCCUGGAUAUCUCUGGUGUCAGAUGGCUAUCCACCCCAGGUUACCAUGCCUACAUCGACUUCCCUACACUGCAGCCCUUUCGCCCAUGGCAGAAUCAUCUUUUCUCAAUCACCAAUACUGCCUUACUACAGGAGGCGUUUGCAGCAGAAUCGUCGGAUUCGGUCGCCAUAGCACAGAGCUUUACAGGCACUGAUAGCAUCUCCCUCUACAUCAAAAAGCACAGUGGCACAACGAGUCUGUUACGAAAACGCCCAAGCCUUCCUGUGCUGCUUGAGGGGCCUUAUCGCGGAGUCGUCUUGCAAGAUCUGGAGCCAGCACUAAGAGAGGUGGCAGAUAAGGUCGUGUUGAGUGCUGAACGGUUGGAUGUUAAAGCGCUUCUACACCAGGAGGCCGAGGCAGGUUGGAAGAGAAUCGGGGUUGUUGUUUGUGGUCCAGCUGGUCUUUGCGAUGAUACUCGUGCAGCUGUGGUGAGCCUUGGAAAGACGGACGGGGCUAUAUUUGAGUUAGAAGUUGAUGCCUUCAGCUGCUGA